GAGAAAGAGAUUCCUCGGCUGUCGCAAAGUGUCGCGCAGAGAGAGGGUGAGCGGCGCGCUUUACGGCAAGCAACAGCAGGACCAGGAAGCUGCAGCCAAAGCGUGGCAGAAGGGCUGCCUGAUGGAGAAAAUGCAGAUGUUUUGAAACUCUCUAUUCCAGAAGUGACUUCUAAUUCAUUGCUUGACACGUAUCAAAAAUGCUUUACCUUGUUGGACUUGGGCUUGGAGAUGCCAAAGAUAUUACAGUGAAAGGCCUGGAGGUGAUCAAACAAUGUAGCCGAGUAUACCUGGAAGCGUACACUUCGAUCCUCACCGUUGGAAAGGAAGCACUGGAGGAAUUCUAUGGCAAAGAGUUGAUUCUUGCUGACCGAGACGUUGUGGAGCAAGAAGCAGAUACAAUCUUGGAAGAUGCCCAUCAAUGUGACGUGGCUUUUCUUGUGGUGGGGGAUCCUUUUGGGGCAACUACACAUAGUGACCUUGUACUCCGGGCAGUGAAGCUUGGGAUUCCCUACCAAGUCAUCCACAAUGCCUCUAUUCUAAAUGCUGUCGGCUGCUGCGGCUUACAGCUCUACAAUUUUGGAGAAACAGUAUCUAUAGUUUUCUGGACAGACACAUGGAAACCUGAGAGCUUUUUUGACAAGAUUACAAAAAACCGAAGAAACGGGAUGCACACACUCUGCUUACUUGACAUUAAAGUCAAGGAGCAAUCUGUGGAGAAUCUCAUGAGGGGAAAGAAGAUUUAUGAACCACCACGAUACAUGACGGUAAAUCAGGCAGCAGAGCAGCUUCUUGCUGUUGUCCAAAAUAGGCAACAAGAAGGGGAAGAGCCAGAAGUUACAGAAAAUACAGUGUGUGUUGGCUUGGCAAGAGUAGGUGGAGCAGACCAAAAGAUUGCCUCGGGGACGCUGCAGCAAAUGACUACAGUAAUAUUAGGUGAUCCUCUGCACUCUUUGAUCAUAACCGGAACUUUACAUCCGCUGGAAGUAGACAUGCUGAAACUCUUUGCUAUAGAUACAUCCAUCUUUCAACAUUCCUGAAAUAAUAAAAAAACACUUUCUGCAAACAAUCUAUGAUCUAAAUCAUGUACAGUGCUGGCAAAUAGUGGAGAUCGGUCUUGAAAAGAAGGGUCGAGGCCUUGCAUUGGAGAGACAUUGCGUAAAAGUUCUGCAGGCAAAUCUGUACCGAUGUCUCCAUCUCCACUCCAUUACCACAGCUUUGUCAGUGCUGCCCAUUCUUUUUUAUAGGGGCACUGAAUGGCCGCCAGCUGUGAGAGAAGCCUCCAACUCUAUAGGCAGAUAAAUUGUAAUAAAAGCAUCCUUGGAGGCCUCCUACUGGUCUUCCAGAGGUCCCAGCAGCAAGAUGUCAUGCUACUCCUCACUGACCACUAUGUUAUGCAGCACAGAACAGGUGACUUUGAGAAAAAAAUUGGUUCUUACAUAAAAAUGGCACAGUAUUAUGACUUGCACAACCCAACAAAAAGUGAAUUAUUGAGGUAUGUAUUGGAUCAAGACUUUCCAAGGUAAUGGAUGCCAUCCAAGUUAAAGAGUGGUGGCUCUUGUCUUCUCUAGCUCUAGAGCAGUUCACCAGUAACUUCUUUUGCCAUUCAAGACAUUGAGUAUCAGGUAUUUUGGCUACAGGAACAAGAUGCACAACAAUGAUACUUUGGAAAAAAGAAGUUUAUUGAUAGGAAAAACUGAUCCCAAAUAUUACCUCAGACAUAGUUGCUGUUUAAAUACUUCAUAGAGACUGUAUUCAAGUAGAAAAAAAAUGAUGCAUUAAAAUGUUCAAUAUUGCACUUAGGGCAAGUCAAACUGGCUACUAACUUUAGUAAUUCCCAAAUAUUCAUCAUGGCAGCAAAGUCCUAAAACUGCACCAGUCAAGACAUUUUGAAUUUGGAAAGAGAAUACAAGGUUGAUAAAGAGUGAAAUCCCACUUUAGGUGCCCCUUAGGUAACCGAGCUUUAGCAAUAUUUUCCCAGCCAGCCAGCAAGUUCUAAGCAGGACAAUCCAAUCCGAUAGUAGUAAUAUACAUUUUGGCAAUUGGAUCACCAUACAAAACACUUCAUCAAGGUAACAACUCUUGGAUGUGAAAUAUUGAAACACUGUUUCUAUUGAACAGUUUACACACAGAAUUGAGCCCAAAUUGGGGAGGAGGGUAUUUUAUAACUGUACUAGUAUUUUCAUUUCUCACCAAAGUUGUGGCAUGUGGUGCAAACAUUUUCAUAGGACCCUCUGGACACACAGGAAUAGGGAAUGAGUAACUUUCCAGUUGGUAUUGGACUACAGCUCUGACCAGGCUUAGCCAGCAGAGCCAACAGGGAGAGCUAAUGCAUGUUACAUUCAAACAUCAACUGGAGAACCACAUUUCCCUCAUCCCUGAUUUAGAGUGGAAAAGCAAUUUCAAAAAGACUAAAGAUCUGGUCAGAAUAGAAAAACAGGACAGGUUGUAGGAAUGUUUAAAAAGUUACAUAGAAAAUAAAUUCUUUUUUCCAGGCAAAAAGCACAUAAUGCAUUUAACUGAAUUCAAAAACAUUUCUUAUUGGACAAAACAUAUAAAAAUCCACUGAUUUCAUCAGUCAUGUUUGAAAAAAAAGAAACCACACUAUAAUUUCCCCUCAAAAAUAUAAUUGUGAAUUUUAUUUGCAUUAUAUCUCAACGCUUGAAUAACUAACUACCUAGAUGGAGCUUGAGUGACUUCUAUCUCCUCAUGGACUAUUCACCUGGUAAAGUGCAGUUAGCAUCCACUAUUCAGUCUUAAUUCUUUCACUGUUGUAGGGAAGGGAUGGGCUCUUUUGAGGGACCUGAGCAACUCCCCAAACUGAUUGAACACUUGCUUGUUUUUCACAAACUUUCUGAUUUAAACAGAGGCCUUUCCCAGAACUAAAAUAGGAGUGAGCAAAUAUUGGGGAAUUCACAUUGGCCAGCCAGGGAACCUUGAUGAGUCGGACUAUACCUUCUUGAAAUAAAUAUUUUUGAAUAAUGUU